UAUUCAUGAUUCGAGAUUUUUUUUCAAUCUCUCCCCGGUCCGAUCUAGGUGGCUACUGUCAAGGCCGUUGUGACUUAGGAUUCCUAGAAAGUGGUUCAUGCUUUUGUGACGUCUACUGUCGAGAAUUUGACGACUGCUGUGAUGAUUAUGAAUAUCAUUGCACACAAGUGCGACUUCGCGAUGGAUCUUCUUACAUCGAAGGCAGAGUGGAGGUUCUCCACGGUGGGAUCUGGGGGACAGUGUGCGAUAAUUCUUGGGAUAUUGAGGAUGCCAGGGUCAUUUGCAAAAGCAUAGGCUACCCGGGCGUGGAGGGCGCCUUCUCUGAUGCUGCUUUCGGGGAAGGAACUGGAGACAUCAUCCUGGAUAAUGUCGAAUGUACUGGAGAAGAGUGGAACAUUUUCCAUUGCCCCCACAACGGUCUUGGUGUCCACAACUGUUCACACGCAGAUGAUGCUGGUGUCAGGUGCUCUCUUAGCAAUGAAGAGAAUGUAACAAUCAUUCCUGGAGAAAAACAGAAGUUGGAAUCCCCGAACUAUCUUGGUAAUUACUACGAUAAUACUGUCUACAUUUGGUUAAUCACGGCUCCACCCGGAUAUCAUGUUCUCAUCACCUUUUUGUCUAUGAGUCUUCCUCCGUGUGGUGAUCACAUGACAAUCGGUACCGGAUAUUCCCCUACUUCUCCCGAUAGCGUUCAACUGGCUUUUAUAUCCGGUCACGGGGAACCCGACGAUAUUCGAUUGUACACUCCUACUGGUUGGAUUCAGUUUUCAAGUGAUGAUUCUGGCAUUUCGGAUGGAUUUGUACUAGAACUGAAUAGCAUUAAUUCAACAGCUGCUCCAGCACGGCUAGCAAACGGGAGCUAUCCAAACGAGGGACGAGUCGAAGUGUACAGCAACAGCCUCGGUACUUGGGGCACUAUCUGCGAUUCUGGUUGGGACCAUCAGGAUGCCUCGGUCGUCUGCAGGAGCAUGGGUUACCCUGAUGCAGUGGCAAGCUAUGGAGGUGCUUUAUUUGGUAUGGGUUCCGGUCCUGUCCUGAUGGGAAAUGUUUCCUGUAAUGGCACCGAAAACAGUGUAUUUUAUUGUCCUUAUGGAAGCGGGGAUACUAUCGACGAAUGUGAACACUCAGAAGAUGCAGGAGUUGUAUGCUAUCCUAAUGUUCGUCUGCUGAACGGCGAUAGUCCAAGUGAAGGUCGGGUUGAAGUCUAUCAUGAUGGCCAAUGGGGAACCGUUUGUGAAAGCUAUUGGGGCAUCAACGAGACCCGCGUUCUCUGUCGCAGUCUCGGCUUUCCAGGGACACUUGCAUAUUUUCCCGACGCUUACUUUGGUGAAGGAACUGGGGAUAUACUCUUGAUGGUCCGGAGCUGCGAUGGUGAUGAGGACAGUAUCUUCGACUGCUGUCACUAUGGCUUGGGGUACCACGAUCGUGACCGGUGUGGUCAUUAUGCUGAUGUUGGUGUGAGAUGCCAAUCGAAUGUUCGUCUUGUCAAUGGAAACAGCUCCAAUGAAGGUCGAGUAGAGGUCUAUCACGGCGACAAAUGGGGGACCGUGUGCGACAGCGGAUGGGGUUUAGAAGAGGCCGGUGUUAUCUGCAAGAGUUUGGGUUAUCCUGGUGCGCUUCAAGCUUUGGGGAAUGGUUCCUUUGGACAGGGCUCUGGUGACAUCCUGUUGGAUGAAGUCGACUGCAUCGGUGACGAGUCCAGCAUAUUCUACUGUAGCCACGAUGGUGUGGGAGUUUCAUCCUGUUCACACGGGGAAGAUGCUGGGGUUCGAUGUGCACUAGAAACGUCUACUCCGCAUUACCCGACGAGUCUUGGUAUUUCCACAUCAGCACAGACAUCAUCAGAGAUAAUAGAGACAACGCGUUCUUAUUCAACGGAGUCUGAUACUGCAGCUACAGUAGUGACGUCUGAUACUGAAACAACCAGAUACGUUGAAGAAAUUACAACGACUUGGACCACCACCGAAAUGAAUUUGAUCACAACUCCAGGUAAACACACCCUGAUUUCCCUGAUGUGAUAUUUUAAGAAUGAAUUUAAGAAUCAAUGGGUAUUUGAUUUCCACCGACUGGAUUUUUUAAUAAAAGUUAAACAAGAAGAUUAGGAGCAAUACUUGAUAAAAUUUGUAGCAUCGGCCUUUACAAAUAGAAAAUUGCCAUAGUGACAUGGAGAAUGCACAAUGAUUAACUGCUAAAUAAAUUUAGUUUUAGAAGUCAACAUUCAAUAUCUAAAAAGAAAAGCCAAAACAAUAUGUCAUCUGUUUACGUUUGGUAUGACCACGGGUUAUGUAUAGAAGGUCAGAACUUCCAGUUCCCAUGUUACGAAAAGAAUUGACCUUGCUUUACGUUUAUCUUUUGCAAAACAACAAAAGGCCUACUUAAUUUGUUUGCUAUAUUGUUAUUUUUUCUUUUGACAGAUUUCCCCGCAGAUUCCUCGGUUUCUUGGUUCGUCAUCGCUGGAAGUAUAAUGAUCGCUGUACUAUGUACAAUGGUCAUUAUUAUUUUUGUAUAUAUUAUAUUCAUAUACAGGAGAAAGAAGGAGUGGGAUAUAGGCACUCCACAUCCUGCAGAAUAUGACCAAUCUGUCUCGACAGGGGGAACUAAUGACGUUCGAUUAAUCGAUUCCCGGAAAAGAGAUGUUGGUUCCUUGCCAGACGUCAUUGAACUUUCACAAGCAAACCCCAAUAGAUUAUGAACAAUAACAGCAAUUAGGGACCGGUUAGGGACCGGUUUCCAUGACGAGAUAGGCGAUCCGUCCAAGGACCAUUCCUCCGAUUUGAGAAGAUUGGCCACAAAUCAACGCUUCCGUCUGACAAGGCAAUAUAGGUAGCAGCAUUUUUCGUGAACAUUUUAAUUACGACUUUCCAUCAAAUCCGGCCUGUAUUUCAAUAAAAGAAAAUUAAAUAAACUAAAUAAACGUUUUCAUUUACCAUUUGAUGACUAAUUGUAUGAAGUUUAUAUAUUUUUUCUUUGUUAGAGGUAGAAACAGCUAGGUUCCAAUUGAAUUUUACCAACAUAAACGGCCAGCAACUAAAUUCACAUUAUUUUACUUGACUGGUUGCUCCUGCCUCUAAAGGACACCAUACAUUGAAUAUGUUGAAAAAGAAAUUAAUAUGGAAAUAUUAAGUGAAAAAUAAGUAAUAUGAAAUAUCAUUGAAUCGUUAUAAUGAAUAUUCAAUUGUAUGCUGACUUAAAAUACUAUUUUUUUAAAACAGUUAAGCGUUAGUUGUAAGUAAAAGAAAGGUUUGAAUGGAGUAAAGAAAAUCAAAUGUCUGAACAAAUACCCCCCCCCCCGCACGCCGCGAAGGUAAUAUUUAGGAUGAUCCAUAUAUCCAUAAUUUUUUAAAUUAAAAUACUUCUUUAUUUUUACUUCACUCGGAUACUUUGCUUGUUCAAGGUUGAUCUAAAAUAUAAUUAAUGAAAAGGUAUUCAUUAUAUAAAUGUGUUAUUCCAUCAUAAAAUUUGACAUAUAUCAUUAGCAAUUUCAAAGAAAACAUGCGCAUUUAUCAUGUUUAUUGCGUUUCCAUGGUUCCUUAUUUGCAUUUUCGUCACGAAUUCCCCCUUUUUCUCAUUUCUAUUGUGUUCCUUUGAAUUUCAUCUAAUGUUUUUCCCUGUUCUGUGAUAUAGGAGUCAUAGGUCUUCACAGAUGAAAAUAUGAUUCAAAAACACUUUUCAUGGUAACUAAUAUAUAUUCGAUUCCAGAUUGAAUUGAUACAUAAGAAAAUAAGCAUAUUAUUUUUUUCUUGCCAUGCGAAAAAUGUUAGUUAAGUCUGUUGUCGCACGUGCUUAGUAUGCAAUAUAGAUUUUGUAUUAAAAUUCACGCCUUUUAUCAGUAUGUAAUAAGUCGUUUUAUUUUUUUGCAUAUACCACUUUCUUACAAUGUUCAUGUAUAUUGUCUGUGUUAUUCCUAAUUUUAUUCAUGAUUUCAGUCCCAUUUUUCAACCUUGACCUCUAUACAUUUUAAAGAGAGGAGAUUAAAUUAUAUAUUAAAACAUAUAGGCCUAUGCUUCAUGUGCUUUGUAGAAAUAAAAAAUGUGUCUCUUCAAAUUUGUUUAGAUUUUUCCAUUAAUGAAUAUUAUAUACACCGAAAGAAUCUUUGAUAUCGAGACUAUAAUAAUUUUCUCCCUGAAAACGGAGGUGUAUAGUGAAAUAAAUACAGAAUAACCUAUAGGUGUCAUUGGAGUGCAUGAAGUAUCUGUAAUUACAUGUUUAUCAAUGGAAGAUAAGUAUUUGCAUGUUUUUACCAAGACAUAAUUAAUGGUUUACUGAUAACUGAUGUUUGAACAUUUUAGUUAUUUAUUGAUACCCCGAAUCACAGACGAUACCAUUUUACUUUGUACCAAUGUUUAUUGAUUAAAUAUCCAUCAUGCAAAAUGGUUCUCAUGUUAUGUUGUGUUGUGCCGGAUCCCUAAGCAACGAUGAUGUUGUAAUUGCACAUGGGAUUUCCAUGUUGAAUUUAUAUGAUAUUUAAUAAAAAUAAAGCAUUUAG